UUUUACAGGGUGGAAAAAUACAGACCCAUGAAACUGUGUGAAAUAGUUGGAAAUGAAGAUACUGUGAGCAGGUUGGAGGUCUUUGCAAAAGAGGGGAAUGUACCAAAUAUUAUCAUUGCUGGGCCCCCAGGAACAGGAAAAACCACCAGUAUCCUCUGCUUGGCUCGUGCUCUGCUUGGUCCUGCAUUAAAGGAUGCUGUUUUGGAGCUGAAUGCCUCAAAUGACAGAGGCAUUGAUGUUGUGAGAAACAAAAUCAAAAUGUUUGCCCAGCAAAAGGUCACACUUCCAAAAGGUCGGCAUAAAAUAAUAAUCCUUGAUGAAGCAGACAGCAUGACAGAUGGAGCACAGCAAGCAUUGAGAAGAACAAUGGAAAUUUAUUCCAAAACAACGCGCUUCGCACUUGCGUGCAAUGCCUCUGACAAAAUCAUAGAACCUAUUCAGUCGCGGUGCGCGGUGCUGCGUUACACCAAGCUGACGGAUUCACAAAUCCUUGCAAGACUACUGAAAAUUGUUGAGAAAGAGGAUGUACCUUACACAGAUGAUGGACUAGAAGCCAUUAUAUUCACAGCCCAAGGAGAUAUGAGACAGGCAUUGAACAACUUACAGUCUACGUAUUCUGGAUUUGGCUUUAUAAACAGUGAAAAUGUCUUUAAGGUAUGUGACGAGCCUCAUCCUCUGCUUGUGAAAGAAAUGAUACAACACUGCAUAAAUGCAAAUAUUGAUGAAGCAUACAAGAUUCUUGCCCACCUGUGGCGACUUGGAUACUCUCCAGAAGAUGUGAUCGGCAACAUCUUCCGUGUGUGUAAAACCUUUCAAAUGCCAGAAUAUCUGAAACUGGAAUUUAUCAAGGAAAUCGGGUACACUCACAUGAAGGUAGCAGAAGGUGUGAACUCUCUGUUACAAAUGGCUGGACUGCUGGCCAGGCUGUGUCAGAAGACUGCAGCCCCUGCAGCACCUUAGGUAUCUCACGGAGCCGAAGCCUGCGUUCCGGAAGGUGAAGGCCUGGCAUAGAGGUCAGCGGCUCGUGUGCGUCCUCAGUUCUGCGUGCAAAGAGCCUAUUCCCUUGCUGUUGCUAAAUCGCAGAAAAAUAAGCAGGUUCUGUUGUAAAAAUGUUUUGUACUUUUUUUAUUUAGACCAAUAAAGCUUUAAAAUGUACUUUAAUUC